AUGCAGCUGCAGCAGAAGCGUUUCUUGAAUAUACACGAGUACCAGGGCGCGCAGCUGAUGGCCAAGUUCGGCAUCAACGUGCCCGACGGCGCGCCAGCAUUCACCGUCGCCGAUGUGGCCAAGGAGGCCGAGAAAUACAAGGACGAGAAGGGCGAGGUCGUCCUGAAAAGCCAGAUCCUCGCCGGCGGCCGCGGCCUCGGGAAGUUCACAAACGGCCUGCAGGGCGGCGUCCACAUCUGCACCGCGGCCAAGGCUUCCGAGCUCGCAAAGCAGAUGCUGGGCGGCACCCUGGUCACCAAGCAGACGGGGCCGGCCGGCAAGCCGGUCGGCACGCUGUACGUCGCGCGCAAGAUGAAGCUCAAGCGGGAGAUGUACUUUGCCAUCCUGCUGGACCGCAAGACGGCAGGGCCCAUCAUGAUCGGCUGCAGGCAUUACCGACGACCAGGUGCGCACGUGUGCUAA